AGUCCAGUCCCACCAUGAACGUCCCCGCUGUCCUCUUAGGUCUCUGCACGCUGCUGACCGUAGCUUCUGCCCAGGGUCCCCCCAUCCGCGACGAGUGGAGGAAGGCCGCGCGGGAAGCUUGUGGCGGAAACCUGGAAGCGAGAAUCAACACCAGCGCCCUCGAUCAGGAGACGUGUGUCGUUGAUUGCGCCAAGGCCGAUGGCUCGAUCGCGAGGAGAGACGUCCCUCUGAAAGACGGAUCCCCCUGCCACAGACACCACAUGGUCGCCCCUCCUUUCCCCCUUCUGUUGGGAACGUGCAAGAACAGAUACUGUGAUGUGAAACUGCCUUGAUUCUAUUGAUUAAAAAUCUUUGAAAA